AUGGCGCAGGUGGCGACUGCUUUUCGCCAUGAGGCGGUGGGGGAAGACAGCAGCCACAUCUGUUGGCAAAAGUGUUGCUCUUCCAAGUGCGGCAAUACAAGCUUUCAUCUCCCAGGCGAUUUGGCGAGACAAGUCGAGUUACAUGAUUGCGUGGUGAAGCUGCACGAGCCUCAAUACCAUGCGGGAGACGCUUUUUGCGAGGAGACUUGCACAAUCUUCGCCUCUGAGGGGGCGAAAACCAUCCAAGUUGAGCGGAAGAGUGGGAAAGGAGAACAGCAGUGCAAACUGCAGUCGCCCGUGGACGGCCUCUGCCAACACCAAUGCUGUCAUGCCAAGUGCACGGAUGAAGCCUACGAGCUGAAUGGCACAUGGCAACUCCAAGAUUGUUCCCUGGUCGGUCGUUAUGAGCAGGGCUGCGAGGAGAAGUGUACAGUGGUACACUCUGGAAAGCCUCAGCAUGUCCAGGUCCUCCGACGGAGUGGGCCUGGCUCACCGCUCUGCAUUCCCCAGGAAUCCCCGGAACAAGUGGCCGCAGACUUUAUCGAGCAGCUCGAGAAGGGACCGCUCCGUGAUGGCUGGUACAUCGGCAAGCGUGGUGGUGUACAGUGGCCUAAAGUGAAGAAAUUCCUGAAGCUCGGCAAGGCGGCGGUCACUGACGAGCAUCGCAGGCACGGAUUUUCCCGAGAGGUCUCUGGCGAGGUCAAAGAUGUUGCCAUCAUCGGAGAUCUUCACGGCCAGCUCUUCAACCUUAUCGCUUACUUGGUGGAAAUCAAGAAAGCAUAUCAGGAGAAGGGUUACAGCAGCCUGGAUGGAUCAUCACUGCUCGUCUGUGACCCGCGCAUGCAGUACAUCUUCCUGGGCGACUAUUUAGAUCGGGGUGAGAGAGCAGUCGAAUUGCUUCUGCUUCUUCUCGCCUACAAGGUAGACAUCGUGAAUUUAGACUACCGAGAUGCAAUGAUAGGAAGCUGCGGCAACCAGAUCUGUGCCACCGUCUACAGGAUGGCAGACAACCUGGACACGCAACCGGGUGAUAUCUCAGAGAUGAACGUUGACCACGGUGGAAUUGGUGAUGUUCUACCAGGAGCUGUUGGAUCACCGACUGAGCUUGCGGAGGAUGGUUCUGAACCCGAAGGUGCCGACGUCGAGAUGCCAGUGAAGCUUGAGAAAAGGAAACGACGUGAUGGUCUCGCUGCGAAAGAUGACCCGAACGUUUGUCCUGUCCCUGACUCGGAUGAUGAUUUUGAUAGUCCAUCUAAGCGAGCCCUUGUGAGUGAAGACAAGCCCCUUACAGCUCGUGAGAUCCGGGACCUGCUACUCGGCCACGUCAAUGAAAUGCGAACAGCGUGGCAUUCCUUUCAAGGUCGUCUCGAUGGGGUUGAACGAGAACAGGCUAAGUCGAGCUUUGAGAUUUCGAACCUGCAAUCGCGCACGAGGGUGAUUGAGAAGGAUCAAGGACAGCAAAAACAGACCUUGCAAACACAGGCCAAUGCGUUGGAGUCACUCACCACUGAGGUAAAAAACAUGAAGGUCAAGCUGGAUGAAGUGAGUUCUCGGCCUCUCUCCGCCGCCCCAGCACAUCCUGCUCCAGCAGCUGGUCAAGCCGAUCCUUGGAGUGAAUAUCUUCGCAAUCACCCCUCGGGGUCUAGUGGUCCUGACAAGAAGGGUGAAGUCGCCGGUGUCGCUCCUCCCACUGACCGGGGUGACACACUUUCUGAUGAGGACAAAAAGACCUUGGUGAUUGGGGGGUGGCAACAGGACACCAAACGAUCAGUCAUUGAAGAAGAGUUCGGGGUGAUCCUUGCUAUCCCGGAAGUGAAAGCUCUCCUUGACAGUGACAAGAUCCUUGUCUUCGGGCCGAGACGCUCAGUUGGCAUGCUUCGUUUUAGCGUUCGGGAGGGUGAAGUUUUUGCACAGACCAAGAACCGCAUGUGGGAGUUCAUCCGGGCCCUUGGACGAAUCAAACAUGUGUUGCCAAGUACGAAAGCGUCUGGUGAAGACAAGGUCUUGUGGGCCUCGUUUGUUAAGACCAAGACAGCCCGCGCGCGCAGCAGCCAUGUGAGCCUCACGAGGAGGAUUGUCAUCGCUCUGGCUAAAGACAACAUUGGCCAGCAUGAUGGGGUGAACACCAAGGUUGAGGCCUAUGACUGUGACUGGAACAUGGGCACAGUGUGGUGUGGAUCCGAGAAAAUGGCAAGUGCCACUCAUCGCCAACCGAAGGGUGAUGAUGAGAUCCAGCUCCUCUCCGGAGGUUGGGUGAACAUAUCUUCGGUGGCGAGAGUUGCGGGGUGCUCGACUGACGAUGCCAGGAGUGCCUUCGAACGUGAGCUGUAUGGGGCAGAUGUGCUACGUGGAAUUUGGGAGGACAAGCUGCAGGACUUCUCGACGUUGCAUGCAAAGAUUGUAACAUUAUCUUUGCGCAGGAGCUCGCUCGUUCUGAAACUGGAUGGGGGUGUUGGGGUUGCAGUCGCAAUUGACAAGUUCGACUCGGUUAUCUGGAAGGGUGCCACGGAACGUGGAAUCUGGGUGGUCGUGCGUGUUCAUGGGCUUGGUCGGGUCGUCUUAGGGUCCGUUCAUUGCCAUACUGGAGUCGCCACACGUGUUUAUCAGGCCGCCGCUCUGGAGUUUGCCAAAGCUUGCCCUCGCAAAUAUCGGCACCUCCCUGUCCUUUGUGGAGCCGAUGCCAAUGAAGCUACGAGCUGGGAGAUGACCGAAGGGGGUGAGACGCUCCAGCACGGAAUGGGUAGCUCAAAUCUCGAGGUGCUUGUACAUGAGCUUCUUCAACAUGGAGUCGUCACAUCGCCUCCUCGCCUAGUUGAUCGAAACAUUGCCACCCACUAUCCACGGGAUGAAAGCCGAUCCGGGCGCCAAAUUGACAUGCUCUUCACUCGCCUUCUGCAUGUUCUCCCAGCUGUCAUCGAACCAGACAGGCGACAUAUCAUCGGUACAGAUCAUGCCAUUGUCAUGGGUGACAUUGUCGUGGCAGGUGGGCCUAGUCGCAGCCUUUGGGGCAACGACUCUCGUCCGCGCUGGGUGUGCAAGGAGCUGCCAGAUGUUGAGCUCAUCGAUGAGGACGAUGUCAUUGAGCUCGCCAGAACACACACCAAACCCCGGCUCUCACAGAAAUACCAAGACAGCGACGAGAUCAAACAAGCGAUUAGAACUGCCAAAGGAUCCUCUCUUCCAGCCGACUGGAAACGGGUUCAUCGUCUGCGAAAACAACAUCGACGACAUUGGUCGACUUGUAGGCUCGCUCGCAUCCUUGGGGGUGAUUGGGAACAAUAUCGUCUCUUACAGAACGAGAAGAAGCGCAAGCGUGGAUGGUGGGGCAAUUUGUUAGCAGAGAACAGCUCCCGCGACCUUGCCAAAGACAUCGCGGAUCACCUACGUGGGAAGAUGUGCCAUCCUGGUCGCAGUGCUGAUGAAUGGGGUGAACAACUACGCUCCAUCAUUUCUGAGGCUGCGGAAGACGACUUCUUUGUCCCUUUUACUCUUCUGGAUGUUCGCACCGAGCUUCAAGACAUGAAAGCAAAAAGUGCGGUUGGGCCGGAUGGAGUUGGUGUGCAUCUACUGCGUGAAAUGGCAUCUCAUGAGAUACUGGGACCUCGCCUACUUGGGCUCAUCAAUCACAUUGUUGAGAGCCGCGAACUUCCCCAUAGCUGGGAGACAAGCUUCCUCGCUUUACUGGCGAAAUGUAAGCUACCUCGCAGUGCGUCGGAUCUCCGCCCCAUUUGCGUUUCGUCUGCCUUCCACAAACUAGUCAAUCGCCUUGUCUGUGCCAGAGCUUUACCUUUGAUGCGACGGGGAUCAUCUAUCAGUUGCUGCGGCAAAGGGAGACAGGCCGCUGACCUGAUUGGGGCGAUGUCUCGACUCAGGGAUAUCACCAAAGAGUGGUGUCAUCCGCUGAUCCUUUGCAAGCUGGACGUGGCCGGUGCUUUUGAUAAGCUUGAUAGAUACAAAGUCGCCGACCUUCUACUUCGGCGUCUUCGCAGCAAAGGGGUGAGCACUGAACUACGUUACCUGCUUGCACAACUUGCUGUACAUCAUCUGGUGGGAGUUGCCCCGGGAGGGAGACGGGUUGAACUCUCCCCUGAUAAUGGGAUCAAACAGGGGGCGCCUGAGAGUGCAGAGCUUUUUGGUCUUGUCAUCGAUGCCCUUCUCUCAGAACUGGUUCACUGCAGAAGAUGGGGUGAACUCGGUAAGCCAAUUGAGGGCCUCGACAUUGACCUCCUCUUCUAUCAGGAUGAUGUGUUUAUUGUUGAGACUGACUUUGCUCGUCUGUGUAAGCGAAUUGGUGUUGUUGAUCGAUGCCUUCGUCAGGCUGGCCUCACGCUUGCAAAAGAGAAGACCAAAAUUGUUGCGAAUUGUCACUACACUGGGGCGAGAUGCGCGAAGGUGGGUGACAAUGUUUAUAGGAUCGCCAAUGCCGGCGAGUCUCUGAAAGUCCUUGGCUUGGGCUUUUCAUUGUCAAGAGAUCCAUCAGAACAGGCUCGGGAGAUCAUCGCUCGAGCAAGAGAUGCAGCAGCUGCUCAUAAAGACAUUCUUUGUGCUCCUGGUGGGUGGCUUUCCAAAAGCUCGAUGAUGCGGACUUUGAUUGAAUCCCAGUUUAACUGGACUGCAGGAGCUCUCCAUUGGAGCCGGGAUGAUUUGCAUAGCCUCAACGUCUUGCAGAUUCACACCUGUAGGACUGCCUUCGGGCUCAAACGAUUGUCUUGUGGCGGAAUACCGCCUGGUGGCGUGAGCAACAACAGCUCAGCAGAUCUUGCUCCCUUCGCCAUCCAUGAUUCUACGCUGUCCAAGAUGCUGAUCGUCCUCAACCUGACCCCCUUCGGCCGUGGAGACUGUGUCGGAGUGGCCGUCCUGCUCGACUGCGGCCUCUUCAUCUGUUCCGACGGCGCAACCUAUGUCAUCUAUCGGGGUGAAUUUGGUUAUCCAGGAUCCUCCCUCGCUCCCGGCAACGCUCCCCUCCUCUUCUUCUACAUCGUGGACAAGUUCGCCGCCGUCGGCUACAUCGACUUCCUGCGCGACCUCUUUGGCUUCUACCUGCACGAGUUGGCCACGGACUAUGUCGUCUUGCACUUUGUCGGGGAGAUUAGUUGGGCUCUGCAAUUCGAAAUGCCGGCUGAUGAUGACCCUCGUGUUACCACUUUUACUUGUCUGGCUCCUGUACCUGAAGAACUGCCUCUCCCUUUCGAAGACCGUGGUGGUGACGUCGAGAAGACUGUGGAGAAAGAUUGGCUUGAACAAGUACGUGAUCGUCGUGGCCUUCGAGGACGUUCUUCUGUUCAAAAUGAGGCCAUGACAUCACUUCCGCAUGGACGAGACCCUGCCACUCUCCUGAUCGAAGGUUCCAAUCAGAAUGGAGCCUCCCAUACUGAAGGGGUGACUCCUGCUGAUCCCACUCUUGUGCUUCCUGGUGAUGGUCGGGGUGAUGCUGAUGUGGCGAGUUCUUCUUCCUCCUCUGCUGGGGUGACCUCGCGUUUUGGUCGAUCUCGGCCUGGUAUCGACAGGUGGCAUCACCCGAAUGGCACAGUGCGUAAUCGUGCAAGAGAGAAGAGGGAGUCCCUUGCAAGAGACACAGAAGCUGGACCGAAUGCUGAUACCUCGUCCCCUCCUGUACCUCUGUUUGUGAUUACUGGAACUGGUGAGGUUGAUGGUGCGCCCACGGUCAAGGCCACGAGCUUCUAUGAGGACACCUUCCAGGUCUGGGCCAGCAUGAACGCAGUGGGAGAUGACACCUCCACAACGGCGGGAAGCUCUCAGUCCGGUGCGGAGGCCGAUACGUCUGGGGUCGAUUCUUCGUCGUCCUGCAAUGAUGAUGUUACUGGCUUCUGGCGACAUGGCAUCUGGCAUGCGCGCCCUCGGUCAGCCUCGGAACAAAGAUCUCAUCGCGGGGGACUUGGACCACAGCGCCUCGCUCGCAAACAAGGCAGAGUCCAGGCGUAUCUCGCAGGCAAUUGGAAACCCGCCUGGCUUGCCCGAUAUGCUGCGGAGAAGGCAGCUCGCCAAACUGCGAUGGAACAAAUUGCAGAAGAGUCUGAGGAUGGCGUCCCCAAACCGGUCGUGGACCCGAAAAUCAUGGCACUGUUCCUUGGCAAACCGGCUCCUGAACAAGUGGUGGAAAUGGACCAUGGUGAGAUCGAGGAUGAACUUCGUGAAUCGACGAGGCCAGCCAUUGAGCAACCUGCACAUGUGGAGACAGACUGGGACCCCUGGUCUGGUCAGCAAUGGCAUGCAGAGUGGUGGAAUCAGGAGUCUCAGCAACAAGGAGCCUGGGAUGAUUCUUGGUGGACUUCGCCUUCUACAUGGGAUGACUCUGCUUGGGACUCGUCGACUUGGGCAACGUGGUCUCCAUCGUGGUCGUCUUCAUCAUGGAGCUGGGAAACCUGGACAUCCACGACCUCCUCGUCUACUACACCAGUCUUGCCCAACUUUGGCUUGGAACCGAAUGUUGCUGCUGCGAUGACGGAUGAAGUUAUGCUCAUGCAGAUGACGGGAUCUGAGCGAGCCAGACUACAAGAGGCAGGUGUUGAUGCUGCUGGGGUGACUCGGCUCGAAAACUUCUUGGAAGCCCUCGAUGCUCACAAUGAUCAAGACCGUGGUCCCGAAGCUCGCUGGGCACUUUGUCGUCUCCUCAACCGCGUUGAAGAUGGUCUGAGUGUUGUUGAAGCCAUAUAUGAUGUACUCGUGCGACGGCUACAACCUCGAGGCUUCUUCCCGUUACAGCGAGUACCGUCCAGUGAGAUGCAGCGUUGGAAUCUCUUCAAUUGGGCGCGCAACUUGGCCACAACGUUUGCAGAAAACUUUGACCGCCAACUACAAGUUCGACUUCAGGCUGGUGAGGAUGUGACGACUGAUGCAGCUGGGCCUUCCAUCCUCACACCCCCGGCGGAAUCUUCGGUCGUCACUGAAGAUCGUUGGCCAGCGCUUCGUCCAGCGAUCUACAAUCCCUCCACUCGGCCGGGUACACCUCCACGUGGCCCGCCACCACCGGAGCCAGUCAACAGACCGCGACGAGUCAUGGAGGACCCACCUGUGCCUGUACAUGGGUCGGUAGAGCAAGCACUUGCGGGUGAGCUUCUUGGACUAUGGACGGAGCAUCCGCGGGGUGAAGAUGGUGCAUCAUUGUCUUCUUCCUCAACUACGACCACCACGACCUGGUAUGAGGAUGAUAUGGAGCCCCUGUUCCUAAUCCAGGUGAGUAUCUCGGGAAGUUGUUCGUCGGAGUCCACGUUUGCGAUCACGAGCUACACGACCACCACCACGGUAUUCCUGGUUGAUAUGGGGUGCCUUGUGUCCUCGACCACUACUACAUCUACGAUCCUUUGUGAGGAUGUGGUACGGGAUGCUGUGAAUAGGGAACUGGUGUUUGCGAAUGUGGCCGACAUCCUUGACCUGCUCCACCGGCUACAAGCUCGACAACGAAGAAUGCAGCGCUUGGCAUUCUUGCUGGGAAUUGCCAUUGAGGAGAUCUUACUUUGGGACGAGCUCCACUACAAGUUCCAUGGCAAGAUCGGUUCUGAUGACAUCAGCUCAGUGGUGACGGCACUGCCCUAUGUGGCCGUGGUGCCCGGACAGUUCAUGGCUAUGCAUGGUGGCCUAAGCCCGGACUUUGUGGAACACUGUUCCGGGGUGGCUGGUGAUUUUAGCAACUGUAUACGUCACACUAACGAGCUCAGCACGGUUUGGGCCGAUCCUCAUACAGGGACUGGCUUCGUCCCGUCUCCACGGGGGGGGGGCUUGCAAAAGUUUGGCCUUGACGUCGCGGAGAAGUUCUUAAAAUCCAACGGCUUGAAGGGCAUCUACCGAGGCCAUGAGCAAGUGAAGGAGGGCUACACUUCAAUUGGAACCUCUGAAGCCUUUGUAGCGACAGUUUUCUCUGCUGCAGACUACUGCGGCGUCUUUUGCCUCAAUGGGCGAAUGCCAGCGCGACCACCUCCUUUCUCAGAAGACUUCUUCUCCGUGCCUGGUGAAGACAAUCAGGGUGCCUUCGUGUUGGCGGAUUUGGUCAGUGGCGAACGGAAUGUGACAAGGAUGUCCGGAUCACAGACACGUAAGCUUGCCGCGAACUUCACUGACACAGGUGCGUGGUGUGCCGGGACGGGCUUCAUGGAACGUGGCCGACGCAUCCUCAGUCCCAACCUUGAAAGCUUCAUUCAGAAGAAUCACUUGCGCUACCGGGAUUUGGGCCAUAAAGACUCGUGUACCUUGGGCCCCACAGAGACCGCGUCCUUGAAAGAAGAGGUGCGACGGAUCCUAAGCACUUCCAAGGACUCCGGAGAGCGAAAAAGGCAUAAGAAUGCAUAA